AAAUUCUCGGUCUGUUAUUCGACAUAUAGGUGCGGCGGCCUCGAUACUUCGUAAUAGAAUCGGGGAUAAUAUGAGUCUCAGAAAGAGCAAGCUCGACUUACUCGUUCGUGUCCGUUAUUCGAAUCCACUCCCCGCGCCUCCAUGUCCUCCAAAACUACUCGACAUCCCCACGAAUCCGUUACGCUAUGCCCAACCAGCGUUCAUCAAUGCAAUCACAAACGACACACCUCUUCCGAUGAUUAUUGACGCCGAAUGUGGCAUGCCUCUCGAUCUUGGACGCUGGGAGUGUCUAUGGGAGGAGGAUGGCGAUGACACUACGUUAAAUCCUGACCCGGACAACUUGCCUUCCCUCGACCCAAAGGAUCGCUUCCUUCUUAGCGACCCUUCAGCGUCUGCCGCACCCUACACCAACGGUCCAACAACAUCAGGGACGGUUACACCUGUCCCUGCCCACGUUCCGUGGCUCCGAAAGACGGAAUAUCUCAGCCGCGAAGGUGUACAACGCACUUCAACACACGAAUCGAAACAAGUUCUCCAACCUAUCGAUGUCUCGCAUGAGGCGCAACUUCAUACCAUCGAAGCCGGCUUCGCCGCUUGUACAUCCCUCGACCUGACCACACUCUCUCAUCCCAACAAGACCGGUGUUACCGCUGUCGAGUCCUACGAUGUGCUCCCAGAUGCAGACAUCUGGGCCAAUGCAUACGACUUAUUCCGCUUCAGUGAGCGUCCCGGUGAACGACCCGGAGACACGGAAGACCCACGGCUUGAUUGCGCGAUCCUUCGCCCGAUGGAGAGCGACGGGGAUCAUUUCCUCGCAUAUUUCUUGACAAAGGAGGACGCCGACGCCCUGGAAUUCAAAGAGGAACGAUUAGCACCUAGAGGGGGCGAGGAGAACAAGUCAACGGCAUUCCACUUCAUACGCGACUACGAGACCGUCAAGAUCGAGCAGGAAGUACCCAACGAGUUUUUACUCGUCCUUGACAACGGAGACACGGGCGAGCGCGGGCCAGGCGCAUACUACAAAAACAUCGAGCGCAAGAUGACACUCAAGAAGAAGCGAAUGAAUCAAAGCGAUACUUAUGCAGACAAGUGGCAAGUCGUGCACAUUUCGCACGAAAUCGACGAGCGCAAUGAAGCGCUCUCGGAGGUCGUAGAUCCACUGUACCUCUUUUCGCGCGACGCUGAGGGUGAGGUAGAUGCAGAUGGCGAAGUUGAUGUUGGGGGGAUAGAGAUGGGUGCGGAAGGUGGUGAUGGAGGGAUUAUGGCUGAAAUAUUUUGAUUUAUGUGCUAUAUAACCUGUUCUACACUCCAUCGCUUUCGCGGGGGCAGAUUCAGUGCGCUGUAGGUACAUGUUUUAAUAGUUGUAUGUUCGUCUCGUUACUGUGAACGAUGGAUGUGGGCGCAGUCCUUCGAAGUCUUUCGAAGCGAACGAGUAGUAGUUGAGUUAUGGCGAGAAUGAGAACAGGGCCGGAUGAAAUGGUGCAGA